AAGGGGGCGGGACUUCCUCCAUUGGUGUUAUGUUAGUGUGACAAGUGGAUCUCGGUCAUCUCCGCCUGUUAACCUCCCUUUAAACUUUUAAGAUACGCGGGGCGAUCAGUUCGGUGCAUGUGCGGUAACAACAUGUCUGCGCCGCUCCCAGCCAUUGUCCCUGCAGCAAGGAAAGCCACAGCCGCGGUAAUAUUUCUGCACGGAUUGGGAGACACUGGACAUGGCUGGGCAGAGGCAUUUGCAGGAAUCAGAGCACCUCAUGUGAAAUAUAUUUGUCCUCAUGCGCCAAUAAUGCCAGUUUCUCUGAACAUGAAUAUGGCCAUGCCCUCAUGGUUUGAUAUUAUUGGUCUUAGUCCAGAUGCAGAGGAAGAUGAUUCUGGAAUUAAAAAAGCUGCAGAAAGCAUAAAGGCACUGAUAGACCAAGAAGUUAAAAAUGGAAUUCCUUCUCACAGAAUUGUUUUGGGUGGAUUUUCCCAGGGAGGAGCAUUGUCAUUGUACACCGCACUGACUACACAACAAAAAUUGGCUGGUGUGGUAUCUCUGAGCUGCUGGUUGCCACUGCGCAGCACAUUUCCACAGGCAGCAAAUAAUACAGCAAAUAAAAACAUUAAUAUUCUACACUGCCAUGGGGAGGCAGAUCCACUGGUUCCUGUAGUGUUUGGGUGUCUCACUGUUGAAAAGCUGAAGAACAUUGUUGGUCCGGAGAGCAUCACUUUCAAAACAUACCCAAGAAUGCAGCACAGUUCCUGUCCUCAGGAAAUGAUGGAUAUCAAGCACUUCAUUGAAAAGCAACUACCUCCAAUUAACUAAUCACUCAAGUGGUCUUUCAGUAAAGUACCAGCACCAAUAUCUAUAGAUAUCUUCUCCUUUGUUUCAAUUUGAAGAGCUAGGUACUUUGCCAUUGUUGUAUGAAGCACUGCUUUCAAAUACAUGUUUUAUCAUGAUUCUGUUAAACUGAUGCUGGUAAUCAUAAAAACUCACAUCAGGCAAUCUUUUUUCCACCUACCUGUAUUUAAAUCACUCAAGUGGUCGAUACACUGUAAGGUUUUGUUAACAUUUUAUGGAAUGUAUAUGAAAAAUCUACUGGACUGCUGUAUAAGUUAAAUUUUAACUAAAUUAUCAAUUAAUUUGCAAAAUAGCAACGAUCUUUGUGUUCAGAUAGCUCUGCUUAUUUUGUUGACUAUUACAUAGAGUAUGUGCAACACUUAAACUGAGGUUGUUUGUAAAGAUAUUUAUUUAAAGUACAUUUCUUAACCAAGACAGUUUUUUAAUCUUACAAGUGUUUAGUUUAAAGCACCAAACACUGUAUAUGUUGUAUUGAACUGGGAUAUUUUUCUCUUGUUGGAUGUGCCACAAUAAAUAACUAUUUUGAAAAUUUCUUCAAUGGACAAUACUUAAUACACUGACCAGAUAAACAGUGUGAAUUUAAACACUAGAUGGUUUGUAUUUAAUUUUUUUUUUUUUGGUAUUUUAUUUUCUGUCAACGUGUAUUUUUUUUUUUUUUAAUAAUUUUUAACUCGAGGUAAGAAGAAUAUAUAUUGCAUAAGAAUUUACACUGGACUAUGUAUCACAUUUUUGUAUUGGAGGUAAUAUUUCUUGUUCAGAUUAUUUUAAAUUUGAUCUCAGCAGUGCCACACAUUUAGGUAAUUACAUAUUCAUGCCAAGAAAAAAUAUUUAAUUUGUUUAAAGAAUAUUUAAUUCAUCUUUAAUUAAAGUUGUUUUUAUUUAUUUAACAAACCUGUUCUGAAUAUGUUUUGUGCAGUUUGUAGAUGUUUUUAAAAACAGGAAUACAGGAUAACUUUUACAUCAGCUGCCAAGGAACUCUGGAGGAAAUAUUAUUCAUUUUCUUCCAACAUAACCUUAAAAGUAUUUCUUUUAAUGUAUGUCAAGAAUCACAUUCCUGAGGGCUAUCUGAAGUACUAUGUAAAUAAAUGGUGACAACCAAUAAAAAUAAAGACUGUAACUAAAAACAUAUUUUG